AUGCGCUCAAUACUUCAAAUAAGAAACUCACUCAUAAGACAACCAAACCAUACAAUAACAAUCCGUCUUCUCAACACUUCAAUAACAAGAUUAUAUUCAAAAUUCAAUGAAAAAUAUCAAGGCCCACCAAAACUUCCCCGUAAAGAUCAAGAAGAAUUCGAACGUUUACAAAACAUAGCGAUGUCACAAAUAGCAAUAGAAGAUUAUAAUGAUCGGUUAGCACAAGAACAACAAAAUAUGCAAGAUAUAACAGACAAUAAACCACCUGUUGUACAAGAAAAUUCAGAUAUUGGAUCUUUUGCUUAUCUCAAGACUAUUCCAGAAUUUGAAGGUGAUGUUAACCCUAAAACUGGUGAACGUGGUGGUCCAAAGCAAGAUCCUUUAAAGAGGAGUGAUGAGUGGACUUUUAAUGGUCGUACUAUUGAUUUUUGA